UUGGGCUCUGGGCUUUUACGUUGGCGAAUCACAAAGUGUCGGAAUCUACUGCCUUUGUCUGACAAGUCAUCCAUAUAAGCAAGGGGAUCUGCUGCGUAGAGGGGGGCGACGGCUUUUAGAAACGCACACACGGGGAGACGGACUUCAUUCCUGAACCAAGACUCAGGCAACACAUUCAAUUGUAGAGGCAGAGGAAGUCACAAGGCACCCCCAGUGUGUCCAUGUUACUCCUGUCAUCGGUGUGUGUACGCGGUGUGUGUGUGGUUGAACAAACCCGCGGCUUGAGCGACGCAAGGCCACCAGGAUCUGGGAAAUACAAGCAUAACCACAGGACAGGACAAUUUGAAGAAACACAGCGUUUUCUCCUGAUGGUGUUUUUGUGAAACCAUCCCAGCAUCCUGUUUGUUGUCGAAAGAGAUAUUGAUUUCCGUUCGAAAAUUUUGGAGACGAGCUUCGGUCAUGCUCGACACUUGACAAACCCCUACGGUGAAUUUUCGUUGAACGGACUGUUAAACGGACGACAACUUUUUGAAGUUGCCCCUUCGGUCGUUUGGAUACGAGGGGAGAGGCUCACUUUGUCAGAAAACAUUUUCACCAUUUCUUCGCAGUUUUUUAUCUGCAUUACAAACGCGCCACGGCGACUUCAGUUGAUUAUCUGUCUUUUCUGUGCUAUCCAAUGGAUAUUCACUGCAAAGCAGACCCGUUCUCAGCGAUGCACCCAUGGCACGGGGGUGUGAACCAGCUAGGCGGGGUGUUUGUGAACGGCAGACCCCUUCCCGACGUUGUGAGACAGAGGAUCGUGGAGCUGGCGCACCAAGGAGUACGACCCUGUGACAUCUCUAGACAACUACGGGUCAGUCACGGCUGCGUCAGCAAAAUCUUAGGCAGAUACUACGAGACGGGCAGCAUCAAACCGGGAGUUAUUGGCGGAUCGAAGCCAAAGGUUGCUACUCCAAAGGUUGUGGAUAAAAUCGCCGACUACAAGAGACAAAAUCCCACCAUGUUCGCUUGGGAGAUCAGGGAUAGACUGUUAGCUGAGGGGGUCUGCGACAACGACACUGUUCCCAGCGUUUCAUCAAUUAACAGGAUCAUUCGGACCAAAGUCCAGCAGCCGUUCCACCCUUCCCCCGAUGGGACUUCCCUCUCCAAUCCAGGACACACCAUAGUUCCAAGUACAGCCUCCCCGCCUGUGUCUAGUGCUUCCAAUGACCCAGUGGGGUCUUACUCCAUCAACGGCAUUCUGGGUAUUCCCCGCUCAAAUGGAGAAAAGAGGAAACGAGAUGAGGAUGGCUCAGAUGGCUCUGGCCCACACAGUGAUUCUCAGGGUAGUGUGGAGAGCUUGCGGAAGCACCUGCGCGCCGACGCCUUCACGCAGCAGCAGCUAGAGGCCCUGGACCGGGUCUUCGAGCGGCCGGCCUACCCCGACGUCUUCCAGUCCUCGGAGCACAUCAAGCCUGAGCAGGCGCAUGAAUACUCCCUACCGUCACUGAACGCUGGACUGGACGACGUGAAGCCAAGCUUGUCCUCCAACUCCAAUGCAGAGCUGGGACCCAGUGUGUCACAAAGCUACCCUGUAGGUCGAGAUAUGGCCAACACAACCCUACCUGGGUACCCCCCUCACGUACCCCCCACCGGCCAAGGCAGCUACCCAACAUCAACGCUUGCUGGAAUGGUUCCUGGGAGCGAGUUUUCAGGGAACCCCUACAGCCAUCCACAGUACACAACAUACAAUGAAGCCUGGAGGUUCAGCAACCCUGCAUUACUAAUGCGGCAUCAAGAGGCUCCGCCCCUCCCACUGCUGCCACUGCCUAUGACCGUCACUAGUUACCAUGGAAACCCAAUCAAGCAACCGGAUCGGGGCUAUGGGCUCCAUAUUGUGCCAGUGUGAAUGGGCGUGGCCUUUUGGACAAGCAGGCAGCUCCGAGAUUUCCUCAGUACUCACAGAGAGAGAGGAGGGACAUGUUGGGAUUCCAUUGCAAACUUCACAGUCCACCCCCUUGCUUCGAAACCUGCAAGACUGUAAAGAGACUAUAUAAAUAUAUAUUAUGAAAAUGAUAAUAAUAAUGCAAAGAAAGUUUUGUUGGUGAAAGUUAAACAAAAAAAAGCUACAUUUUUUUUCCUGAUGCCUCUGGUUCAUUGUUUUUUUUUUCCAUACAAUUCUUUUCCUUGUCGUUUUUUUAUGGAUGAAUACAUUCCUUUACUUGACUGAUUUCACUUCCUGGAGGAGCAAAGGCAAGUGUUAAGCAUGACAGCAGCCCCCCCUGCCCCCCUCCUGCGCCCCCAAUUCAGCCGUUUUUGUCCCCAAACCUGGCCCCAUCGUUGCUACUGGCCCGACCCGACCAUGUGUGGGCAUUCUGGGGCAGGGGCAGAGGCUUCACCUUGGGCAGCGGCUCGGUGCAUCUCUCCGCCCGAACAGCAUCAAGCAAAACCAAAACCUGCAGCAUGACAAGUACUACUUUUAUCAUUAUGCCAUGAGAAGAUUAUUAGGACCUGAUUUCUGUGAAACACAAUCAGAUGUUCGUUUUCUGUUUUUCUUUUCUUUUUUUAAACAAGAGGACACAUCAAACAUUAAACAAAAAAAAAGAUUGACAAGAAUUAACGGAAACAACACAUCACGGGCACCUGUGGAGCAGUUAAAAAAAAAAAAAGAAACAUAUCCCUAAAUUAUUUUUCCUUUUAUAUUUUUUUCUUUAAUGUAAAAUUAAUAUUAUUGGCAAUUUACUGGGUACUGCAGAUUGCUUGAUGUAUUUUUGCUUCGCUAUACAUUUUGUUUAUGGUGUUGUUUAUAUUACUGGGAUGCAGUGGAUGAUCAGGCAACCUCUGAUUUUGUGUUCUUAUUUUUGCACUAUAUGAAGGGUCGGACCAAAUAAGGUGGUACUGUUCCAAGCAAACAUAACAUUGGUUUCUUUCUUUUUUUUCUAUUUUACAAACACAUAGACCAUUUCUCCAAGAAUAUGAAAUAGCCAACAGUAACAGUUGUAUGGCACUUAUCGCUCCGAAUAUGUUUACAGUUCAUUUUCCACCCACACUAGUUUGUUUCCUUUUGUAGCUUUUUUUUAAACUACUGAUAAAUGUAUUGACAUUUUUUAUUCAAUCCAGUGUAUUCAGUAAAUAAUUAUCAAGCCUGUCCAAUGUAACAUUAAAUGAAGGAGAUUAUUACAGGAUUUUUUUUCCCACACUCACUUUAUAUGUGAGAUUUCACACAUUUCUUCCUGACAACCAUGCCUCGAAUUCAUUUACCUUUCUUUAACAUCUGAUCAUGAAACUUACAUUGAGUGUACUAUUAUUUAACAGUUGAGAGAAUGUAUUUUUACCACUUUUGCCAAAGACUUUAGUUGUGUUAAUGUAUUAUUUACAGUCUUAUGCAUUUUUAACAGUAUUAUGGCAACAGACCUUUUCAGAGUUAAAAUGUGUAUAAAUUCUAUGCAGAGGAAAAUGGGCAUCAUAUGCAUAUUUAACUGUAAGACUACUGGCAGGUGAAUUCUUACAACUAUUUAAAUGUUAUUUUAUGUUUUUUUUGUGACAGUUUGCUGCUUUGUAGAAUGAUUUUUUUGUGUGAAAUGUGAAUCGUUCUUCCCUGUAAAUACAGUUCUGAAAAAAAAAAAUGAAAGAAGAAAAAAAAAAAAAACGCAUCCUGUCUUUCAGCAUCAUCGCUCAUGUAUUGGUCUCUUUCGUAGAUGUACCUACCGUAAGGAUGCAGGAGAGUGAAGACAUAGUUGGCGUCCUUCUAAAAACUUCCUCCGAUCUUUUGUGUCCUCCAGUGUCUUACAGACUGGCGAUAUGUGGUCACUGUAAAACAAACAACACAUAGGUUCAGCUGUUCUCCUUUGUUGUGAUAAUCUGCUCUAAAUCUUUUUUUUUUUGCUUCCCAUCCUCUGUCCGUCCAAAGUUGUUUUACAGUCGCUAUGCAAACCAUAACUGGAUGGGCCCCUACAGCUGUGCCCAUCCCCGAAGACUGAGACAUCUCAUAACCCAGUAGAGAGAUCUUUAUCUCGAAAAAAAGAAAUGAAACCUCCAACGUGAAAUACAAGGCCACUGUAACAUAGCCCUGACAGGAGCAUUCUUUUUGUCACAUCCAUGGUGAACCACACCCAAGCUCUCGCAGUGAGAAAGCCACAGUCACUUCUUUGGACAUAUUCAGCAUACAUACUUUCUGAUUAAUAAAUGUUCAAAGAGACGGACCGUCAACCUAUGUAAUUGUGGUCCAUUUGCAUGCUUUCAUUCAGACAGUUUACACAGGGUGGAACAGUCAGCAUCAUCAGUGUCCAUGGUAAUGGCCAAGAUUCCAGUUCUCACGAGACGAUAUUCUGAUAGACUAACAACCAGUUUAGACACAAAAACACAAUCAGAAGGACUGCUAAAAAAGGACUGCACCCUCAGCUCCUUGCAGAAGGUUUCAACACGAUACACCACGGGGAUAUUCAUCAUUAACCAUCAGACCUUUCCUUGAGAAUGACAUGGUUAUGGUUAAUGACAGGACUAUUUUCUGACCCCAAACGAGAGAUUCCCACUAGAUGCACAUGGUCUACGUCAGAGGCUAACGUGUGUGAAGUAAAGGGGUCCAAUCCAGUCGAAAAAGGUAAAUGUGAAAACGCAAAGAGUCAUGGAUCUACUGUACACUUUGGAUUUGAUGGUCGAGCACUAAGACUGAGUGGAUGCAAUCAUGGUUCAAUUUAUGUUUCAAUUUUUGUGCACAUAAGAAAUAAAUUUUGUAUGUCAUA